AUGAAGCUGCAGGAAUUGGUUGGGUUUCUUUUCGUACUCAUAAAUCCUUUGUUUCCACCACUUGCGCUUUGUAAUGCGGAAUCCGUUAAUAGGAAUACCUCAACUAUUUGGGACAUCUUUGCGACUCAUUUGUUUCCCAUUUUUUUUGAAGAAGUUCAUACAGAAAUUUCCCUACACUUGAAUGUUGUACGCAUAUUUCUUGCUUAUAUUGAAAUAUUUUCGUCUACCUCUUCAGCUUUACCUAAAUGUAUAUUUGUAUUUGAAGGCAAAGUAUGGAUAGGAUUUUAUGACGUUAAACGAUUGCUAUGUAUCUCCAAUCCUCUACAAAAUGUCCACAAUUCAAAUUCUUUCAAACUGAUACUAGCCAUCACUCUUCGUCUUCAACGCGAACCACUCAUUAAGUUGCCCAGGCAGCCCCCACGAGGAGAGACAUCAACAUGGCUGCCCAUGGGACUGGUUGACAUUAACCUUAUGCUACCGGCUCACGAGGAACCGACAGACACCUAUUUCAGGCAAGUGGCAACAACCAGCAUUACACAUGAAUAG